AUGGGGCACCGCGGGUCUAAAAGCGCUCGGUUUGACACAGGUGAAUUGCCUCAGGGGCGUUUUUCCGUCAGCGAGGAAGCGCCGCCUCAGUACUCUUCGAGACAGGGACGUCGCAGUACCGCCAGAGAUGGUCCAGCCGACAGCGAAGUCAGCGUCGACAUGGAAACAAACGUCCCAGAUCAGAGCCAGGAACAUCGGGACUCAAGGCAGGAGGGACGGAGGCCAUCCAUCUACAACACUAUAGACGCUGUCCCAAAUCUGGAUUUUUAUGCCAACUCCACCGCUGCUGGCCGGCAGCGACGUAGCAGGCCGUCCCUGGAGAUCCUUCGCAAAUCGUGUGAUGACAGUGAAUCAGGGAGUAACGCUGAAGACUCUGGAAUGGGGAGUCUCUCUGUGAUCCUGGAACAAGAGAAUGGUGAUACAGGCAGGAACGGUCAGGGGAAGAGCAAGGAGCCAGUCCGCUUUGGCUGGAUCACCGGUGUUAUGGUCCGUUGCAUGCUGAAUAUCUGGGGAGUCAUUCUGUUCCUUCGUCUGUCCUGGAUCACGUCUCAAGCAGGCAUCAUUCUCACCUGGGUUAUUAUCUUCAUGUCCGUCCUGGUUACCUCGAUAACUGCACUUUCGGUGUCCGCAAUUUCCACCAACGGAAAGGUCAAGUCGGGGGGCGCCUACUUCAUGAUCUCUCGCACCCUGGGCCCGGAGCUGGGCGGUCCCAUUGGAAUGGUGUUUUCCUUCGCCAACGCGCUUGCCUGUGCCCUCAACACAGUGGGCUUCUCAGAGACUGUCAGAGAUCUGCUCAUUGAGUAUAACGCAGUCAUAGUGGAUCCAGUUAACGAUGUUCGAAUUAUCGGCGUGAUCACAGUCACCGUGCUUCUCUUGAUUUCACUGGCUGGGAUGGAAUGGGAGGCAAAGGCGCAAAUUCUGUUCUUCCUUGUUCUGAUGGUGUCCUUCAGCAACUACAUUGCAGGCACCAUUGUUCCGGCCACCAAAGAGAAGCAAGCACUGGGUUUCUUCAGCUAUCGAAGUGAGAUCUUCUUGGAGAACCUUUUUCCAGAUUGGAGAGGACCAGAAGGAAGCUUUUUCCAGAUGUUUGCCAUUUUCUUCCCAUCUGCCAUUGGUAUCUUGGCAGGUGCCAAUAUCUCUGGAGAUUUGAAGGACCCUGAGAGUGCUAUACCCAAAGGAACGUUGAUGGCCAUAUUCUGGACUACAUUCAGUUACCUAGUAAUAUCUGCAACAGUGGGGGCAUGUGUGGUCCGCGAUGCCUCUGGCAAUCUGAAUGACACUUUGCCAAUAAACUCCACUGAGUUCUGUGAAGGUCUAGACUGUAGUUUGGGCUGGAACUUCACAAGCUGUGCGCAAACUCAAUCCUGCCAGUUUGGUUUGUCCAACAAUUUCCAAGUGCUCAGCAUGGUCUCUGGGUUUGGUCCACUCAUCACGGCUGGAAUUUUCUCAGCCACUCUAUCCUCGGCACUCGCUUUCCUGGUCUCCGCCCCCAAAGUCUUUCAGUGUCUCUGCAAAGACAAUAUCUACCCUUAUAUCGGCUUCUUUGGCAAAGGUUAUGGGAAAAACAAUGAACCCCUACGGGCCUACAUCCUCACCUACUUCAUCGCCAUCGCCUUCAUUCUGAUUGCUGAGUUGAACGUCAUCGCUCCUUUGAUCUCCAAUUUUUUCCUUUGUUCUUACGCUCUCAUCAACUUCAGUUGUUUCCAUGCGUCCAUCACAAACUCACCAGGCUGGAGGCCCUCAUUUCGGUACUACAGUCGGUGGACGGCUCUGUUUGGAGCCGUCAUCUCUGUGGUUCUCAUGUUCCUGCUGACCUGGUGGGCGGCUCUCAUUACAUUCAGUAUCAUCCUCUUCCUUCUCGGCUACGUCACCUACAAAAAACCGGCUGUGAACUGGGGGUCGUCUGUUCAAGCCAGUGCCUACAGCAUGGCUCUGUCAUACUCAGUGUCUCUGGCAGGGGUGGAAGACCACGUUAAGAACUUCAGGCCUCAGUGUCUAGUGCUAACGGGUCCCCCAAAUCUACGGCCAGCCCUGGUGGACUUUGUGGGGACCUUCACUAAGAACAUUAGCCUAAUGAUCUGUGGAGACAUUCUCAUGGAUAAUGAGUCAGCAGUGUCCCAGCAGAACACAGACAGUCUGGUGAAAUGGUUGAAUCAAAGGAAGGUUCGCUCUUUCUACACCCCAUUCCAGGGAGACAGUCUGAGAGAGGGAGCCCGUCAUCUCCUGCAGGCCUCUGGUCUAGGCAAACUGAAGCCCAAUACUCUUGUCAUGGGAUUCAAGACCAACUGGCAGGAGUGUGAUCCUCACAGCUUGGAAGACUAUGUUAACACCAUAUAUGAUACGUUUGACUCAAACUACGGUGUGGGCAUCCUGAGAAUGAUGGACGGGCUGGACAUUUCAGAUGAGCUUCAGUCUGAAGAGAACCAAGCCUUUGAAGCUGAUGAGGCUGUCGAUGUAGAGGAAGACAACAAUUCAGACGGAGACUCAGACAAUGAGAACAAAGUGGAUAUUGCGAGUGAUCAAACCAGAACUACAUUUCAGAGCAAACAAGGAAAGAAAACAAUUGAUGUUUAUUGGAUUUCUGAUGAUGGAGGACUGACUCUCCUGGUGCCGUAUCUGUUGACCAGGAGGAGACGGUGGAGGAAGAGUAAGGUGCGAGUCUUCAUCGUCGGUGAUCAUCAGACCGUGGAGCAGGACCGUAAAGAGAUGGUCACAUUACUGCGACAGUUCCGUUUGGAUGUCCAUGACGUCAUCGUUAUGACUGACACUGAACGAUCGCCACUCUCGAAAAAUAUGAGAAGAUUUGAGGAAACUGUCACCCCCUUCAUGCUGAAUGAUGAGCAGCGUUCUGCAGGCACAUCAAGUCAGCGAAUGCAAGACUGCCCUUGGACAGUGUCUAACAAAACGAUGGAUGCACUAAGAUCAAAGUCGGAGAGAAAAGUACGGCUGAAUGAGAUUAUUCGAAGGAAUUCAAAGCAUGCUGCCCUCAUCUUGGUGAGCCUGCCUGUUCCUCAGAGUGACUGCCCUAGUGCUCUCUACAUGGCCUGGUUAAACACUCUGACCUGCGGCCUCCACUGUCCAGUCCUGCUUAUCCGUGGCAACCAGCAGAAUGUACUCACCUUCUACUGUCAGUGA